UGUCAAAUUGAAAUAAUAAAUCAUCAUCAAAACUAAAAUCAUGAAUUAUUACUUCUAAUUUAUUAUUAAACUCAAAUGAAAUGAAAGUAUUCGUUGUAAUGUAAAGUUAUACAAGAAAAGGAAAAAUGAUUGAUACCAACGAAACUUACAGUGAACCUUUGUAUCUUGAUAAGGAAAAUAAGAAUUAUAUAUACAUAAAUGACUGUCAGAAUCUUAAACAGUAUCAAAUAGACGGGCUUCGAUUUCUUUAUAGACAAUUUAAAAAGAGAAAACCUGGUGCUGUGAUAAAUUUUCCACCUGGAAGUGGAAAAUCACAUAUUAUAACUUUAUUUUUAAAUGCUGUGUCUUCCCUAUUAAAGGAGCGUACUUUGAUUUUGUGUACUGAUGAUGAUGAAAUUGAGCACUGGAAAGAGCUAUUCUUAUCCUUGACUGGAUACAGCAUUGAUGAUAUUGCUAUAGAAUCAUCUAACCCGAGAUUAAAAAAAAAGGUCUUCUUAAAGAAAAUUGACGACCUUUCGUCAUAUUCUCGCUGUAAUUGGUGUGUUGUUAUUAUCAAGGAUAACAUGUGUAAAUCACUUCAGAAGAUUUCAAUAGAUGCCGAUUUCAAAAUAUGGAUUACGUCCACAGAUAUAAUGAAAGACCAUUCGUUACUGUCUUUUAUAAAUAAAUGGAUGUUUCCGAAAUCAAAAAUCGACUUAAAUGACAUCCUUUACAAUGAAGUACGUCCAGAAAAUAAAUUGAAACAAGCUUUGGUUCUUGAUUCGUUUCUGAACGAUUUUGUCAUAAGAGAAAAUAAUGUGCCAGCGAUUAGCGACACAGAGAAUACAAGGAUAUUGCAAAACUAUAAGGAAAUUAAUAAAAGAAAGAAUAAAGAUGCCACAGGCACUAAAUUGAAACGGUCAAAACCUAACAUUCAUAGUGACGGCUCCGAUGAACCAAAUAUACUGAAACACAUACCCUCGGAUAAUAUUAAAGAGGAAACUAUAAAAACAUCGAUAAGUGAAAGCAAUGAUUCUGCUGAUGUUAGAAUAAAGAUCGAAGCUGAAUCACACGAAGAUUGUUCCUCUUUACACAUUGAGAGCGAUACUUGCAAUAAAUCAUCAGAUAUAUAUAUGUCUAACAAAAUUAAUGGCGCUUCAGAAACACAAAAAUUUAACGAAGCCAUCAGAGAUAUCAUUAUAAAUGAAAAUAAAUCAGAGACUAUUGAUGAAUCAACGGAAUCUCUCGAUGUCAAGGAACAGGACUCGUAUUAUAUUGCCGAACAAAAGUCUGAUAAUAUUCUCGAAGUAAAUAAUGUAGAUAAUUUUCCUGCCGUUGAGAAUGAUAGGAAUUUAAAUGAAAAUGCGACUUUGGAAGAUGUUCAUAUCAGUGAGAGGGAUGUGAAGGUUGACGCUGAUAUGGAUCUUAAUGAGAGUAUCGCAACGGAGAAGUCUGAGAGGGAUCAAAAUGUUUUGCAACAAAAGAUUUCCGAGCUGGAGGAGAGAACCAUGAAGAAAUUUAAAGGAUCUUUACUCGAUAGUAUAUUCUAAAGUUUUUUUUAAGUUAUAUACACUUAUAAUAUUAUAUAUAUGUAUAACAAAUUUUCUUUUCUUGUAAUAUAUGCUUGAGUUUAAGGAUGUAUUAGCAUUAAUUUUAUACAUAUUAUGAAAUAUUUUACAUAUUAUGUACUUUUUAAUAAAGUUAUUUUUUUCCGUUUUUUUUAUUUA